CCAGUGGGCAGCAGGGUGCCAGUAGAGCUUGGGCUGACGGCCAUGGCUGCUACAAAAUCCGUUGCUUUGCUUCUGCAAGGCCUUAUCUUAUUGUCACUGAAGGUCAAUAAGGAGAUGGAUGAGGCCACAUGGGAGCGCAUCCAACAUCAUGAGAAGGAGAUGAACCAGGAGAUGGCUCAACUCAUGGAGGAGAUGGAGAGGAGAAGCCGGCUGUGCCAGAACCAGGCGCCCAUCACCCUGCAGCAGAGGCCUGAGCAGCAGAGUCUGUUGGUCUGUAGUGCACUGCUCUUUGUUGCCAUUGCUGCAGACUUUGCCCUCGUGUUUUGGCUCGGCUGGUGGUGCAGAAGAAAGAGUCCUGAGCCUGACUCUGUCUGCAGCAAGAAGGAGAUCUCAGACAUCAGCUUGUUUCAGGAGGAGAAAAGGGAAGAGAAGGAGGAGGAGAAGAAGGAGGAGAAGAAGGAGGAGGAGGAGAAGAAGGAGGAGGAGGAGAAGAAGGAGCAGGAGGAGAAAAAGGAGGAGGAAGAGGAGGAAGAAAGCAGUUCAGAAGAUGAAGAAGACACGGAUGAAGAGGAAAGCCUUACUGCCAGUUGCAUGUGGAGGCCAGUGCAUAGGAGACCCAGGAAGCAUGAGGUGAAGCAGCUGAUGGAUAGCCUCGUGCUGCUCUUGCAAAGGCAGCUGUUACAUGGUUAUGUACUAGAGCUGAUGCCUGUCAUUGGUGUGGGCAGCACCUUUGAAGGCUGGGGUCUCGCUAAGAAGAAGGAUGUCUACCAUCUCAUGUUGCCUCUGUGGCCACCCCGUGGGUAUAAAUUCUCCCAGGUGCUCGGAGAGACACAGCCUCCAGAUAGGUACUGCCGCAUCCGCGUGAAUCUGCUAUGCGCCUGCGGAAUACAUAAAAGGCUGUGCAACGUCCACGACCCCGUGCAGCAGGAGAGGUGGAGAAAUGUGACAAAAGAGACUGUCCUAGACGUCCUCUGCACCGACUCCUACCUAGAUGUGGAGAAGGUUGUCUGCUGGUUCCAGCGCUUGGUGAAGGAAUCCUGGGAGCUGCUGCUCGAGUCACGUCGGUACAAACUGAAGGUGCUGCCCUCCAGCCGGCGCUCCUGCCUUCUGAAGCUGUCAAGGGACUAUUGGAGACCCCUCUAUCUUAGUAUCAUUUUUGGGUUACAGCAAGGUUGUACAGAUCUCUUCUUCAGCAGCGAGACUCCAGAGGAAGCCCCCAUCCACAGGACGAUGUGGAUAGAGAGCUUUGCUGUGGUGGAGGCCAAGUACUUCAGCUACGUAGCCACGCAGCUCCCAUUUGGCGACUCCUACCUCAAAUGCCUACGUAUCUGCUCCAACGUCCUGAAAGGCACAGACAUCUCUGACUUUAUCUUGAAGACAGGUGUGAUGCACCUCCUCAACACCACACCUCUGUCACGCUGGAGCACAUGGGAUGAAUUCAGGCGUCUGGCAGACAUCCUGCACUUCCUGCACCGCUGCCUGAGACAUAAGCGGCUCAACCACUUCUUCCUCGGCAACAGACGCAUACCCAAGGAGAUCAUCUUGCCUCCACGCUUGCAAACAUCCCGGCCACACAAUAUCUUGCAGCAUCUGGUGCAGAAUCCGGAUGCCCGUACCAGGGCACUGAGGUGGCUGGAGCACCUUCUGGAUGACCUCAGGACCAGGAGGCACAACGCUCUCAUUGAGAAGCGGUUCAACUGAAAGUUGUGCCACUACAGGCUUACAGACAAACACCUGGCUGGCUACUGCAGAAAUACCAGGAUAAGACGACACCUGCAGAGAUCAUCUCUGAGAAGGAAUACCAGAGAAAUGAAAUCAGGAAGAACCACCUGAGACACCUGGAGGAGUACCUGGCUCGUGCCAGGGCCCGUAAGAUCCUCGACUGGAAGAUCUCAAGGAGUGGAAGGAUCAUCUCUGAGAAGGAAUACUGAAGAAAUGAAAUCAGGAAGAACCACCUGAGGCACCUGGAGGAGUGCCUGGCUCGUGCCAGGGUCCGUAAGAUCCUCGACUGGAAGCUCUUCCCUUGCCAUGUUGAUGGACACAGAGGUGAUGCCAAAGGGGUUGCAUCAGUCCUGGUUUCGUAAGAGGCUGAGGGGAACACCCAGAGAGCAGCAGGACAGAGGCAAGUGUUGUGCCAUGCAGUGGCAUCUCCUGAAGUCUGCUACUGAUCCUUCUCUUUCUCUUUCAUAGAUGGAGUCAGCAGCAGCUGGAACUGAUGAGGAAGCCUGAAAAUUCUGUGAGGAUGGAGAAGUGGGAGAAAAUCAAGAUGGAAGGCUCCAGGCAGGGCUGGCAGCAGAGGCUGACAGCCCUGCCUGCGUCCCAUGGCCACCGCUUCGUGCCAGAAAUCACCCUGAGGUCCAGCAUGUAGUGCUUGGAGGAGCUGCUGCUCAGUCACACCUGGCUGAGGAGCAAUGGCUUUGAGCUGGAAGAGGAGAGACUUAGACUGAAGAUGGGGAAGAAAUUCUUUGCGGUGAGGGUGCUGAGACACUGAACAACUUGCCCAGGUCAGGCUGGUGUCGGUACCUCGAGUGUUGUCAAUGUCAGCUGUGGCUUUAGGCUUCCUGUCGACUAAACACAUCUCCAGUAAAUGGCCAGCACCUACUUUGCCUCCUGUCACUUGGCAGAUGUGCAGUGGCAGAGUCUGCACCCAAGACCUGCAGCUCUAAAGAGGAGUGCCAUGCACAGGAGCACGAAGAGGUUGUGACCAUGGGCUGAGGCCAUGCUUUGUUCUGAAAAUAAAAUGUUAGGAGAGCUCUGUAGCACUGCCUCAGUGCCGUAGCUGCCAGAGCUGUGUGCUGCAGGCAACACCUCGCA